UGGGCGGCGCUGGCGGCGCUGGUGCUGGCGCGGCCGGCGGCGGGCGGCUGCGGCGUGGCGGAGCUGGCGUGCCGCAGCGGCGCGUGCGUGCGCCUGGACGCGUACUGCGACGGCGAGGCGCAGUGCGCCGACGGCAGCGACGAGCCGCCGCACUGCUCCGUGUGCAACCGCACGUACUACGGGCGCGCCGGCGUGGCGUACGCGGUGGCCGUGCCGCCCACGCCGCGCGCGCCCUUCCUGUGCCACCUGACGUUCACGGCGGGCGGCGGCGCGCACGGCGACCUGGUGCAGCUGGCCUUCGACGAGUUCCGCGUGGGCCGCUACGAGCCGGGCGCGCUGGACGGCUGCCCCGACGGCUACAUGCAGCUGUCGGAGCUGGGCCGGCCCUUCACGGGCGGCUCGUGGUGCGGCGAGUCCGACGGCACCGCGCUCUACUACAGCGAGACGGCGACGGUGACCGUUUCUGUGAAGCUGUUCCGCAUGCGGCUCGGUGAGCCGUUCGGCUUUCGCCUGCGAUACAAAUUUAUUUCGCAAUUGGACGCGGUGGUUAGGUUUGGGGCAAUGGAGGCGCCGUUGGAGCGCGGCGCAGUGUCGCCGGGCACGUACUGCACUCGGACUUACGAGGAGUGCCAUCGGAAAUCCUGCCGACUGCAGAGUCCGAACUAUCCUGGCAUGUAUCCAAGAAAUGUGACGUGUUACUGGAGUCUGCGACAGAAAGAUAUUCCAACGUGUAAGCAUGCAAUGAUAUCCGUGAAGCAAGAGUAUUCGCAUAAAAUGCAAAUAAAACGGUCCAUAUCGAUGGCAAGUCUAAACAAGACUGGGCGCGCAGUGCGCGCGUGGCGCGAGUGCACGGGCGAGCGCGACCGGCUGAUCUUCUACGACGGCGCGUCCACGGACGACCCGGUGCUGGUGGAGUACUGCGGCGGCGACUGGCUGCCGCGCGUGACGUCACGCGGGCCCGAGAUGCUGGUGGCCUUCCAUUCGUCGNACUCGUCCCCCUUCAGCGCGCCGCUGCGGCCCGCGGCGCCGGCCGCCCCGCUCAGGGGCUUUGAGCUGGACGUGGACGUCGUUUUCGCUGAUUCCGACUCCCUUGAUUAUGCCAGAGAGGCGCGCAGAUGUGAAUUUCAUGUGAAGGCGUCUUCCUCCGAGGAAGAAUCUAACGUCACGGCUCCGACUGGGGGGCGAGGGAGGCGCGGGCGACUUCGAGCUCCAUCUCACACGCUACCGCCGAAUACCACCUGCACGUGGACGUUCCAUGGUAGACCGGGUGAUUUGGUGUGGAUAUAUUUCUCAAGUUUUACGCAAUACUCAUUAGUAGAGCCUCGGCGUAUAGAGAGCAGCGAGAGAGAUGAGGAGGGUACCGUGCCGGUGACUCCUCGAGCCCCGCCACCCACAGAAGGACGCGAGGGUGGCGUGUGUGCAGUGGAGUUGCGUAUUUGGGACGGCGGGGGGGCGGGCGAGGCGGGCGCGAGGCUGCUCGGCCAGUAUUGCGACUCGGCGCCGGCCCUGUGCGCGCGAGCCGCCCUCGCGAACGCGACUCGGUCGCCGCGCCCGUGCUCACCUCCAGACGGCUACGUCUCGGCAGCAGCGCUGCUCUCGCUAGCGGCGACUUCACUUCACGGAACUGCAACGCAUCCGCUUGCGUUUUCGUUACACUAUGAGUUUGUUGACGCUCGUCUCGAAGGCAUCCCGUCUCCCGACGACGGACGACGGGCGCGACCGUGGCCGCCGGAGUGCGGCAGGACGCUAACUACUCCGGGCGCGUUCUCGUCUCCGCGGAACGCUUUGUGGUUUGGUCGUGGUGGUGCGCGAAGGUUACGUUGUGUGUACAGGUUACAAGUGAAUGAUGGACGAGUUAUUCUCGAUCUCAGUGCGGCCGCGUUCGGGCGCGAGCCCGCGUGCUCGACGCGACCGGACCCGGUGACCGGGCGGCCGUCGUGUGUGCCGGACCCGGUGGAGCCGCGGCCGGAGGACCCGGAGGCUGGCGACGAUGUGCCGGUAGAUUUUGACGGUGACGACGAUAUGCCGUUACGAGUGCCACAUUUACGAAUAUACGAGUCCCCUUGGCCGGGAUACAGGGUGCCGGUGGCGUGCAUCUGCGACAACAGCAGCGCGCCGCUGCGGCUGGAGUCGGGCGGGCCGGCGCUGGAGCUGGAGCUGGUGGCGCGGCGGCUGGCGCCGGCCGAGGACCAGCGCCACGUGCACUUCCGCGGCGCCUGGACGCGCGCGCCCGCGCCCGCGCCGCCCUGCGCGCAGCGCCGCCGCCUGCCGCCGCCCGGACAGCGCGUGCACCUCGUCUACCCUUAUGACCAUGACCGGACCUCAGAAUGUGGCGAGAGUCCGUUCCUGCUCGCAGCGCGGGGCAACCGGUCGGUGUUCCUGCGCGUGUGGGGCGAGGAGCUGGCGCCCGCCGGCGCCGGCGCCGACCCGCCGCCCUGCCACACCACCAACAGGAUCCUCGUCUACGAGGCACACUCCACCAAGUUGGUGCGCGCGGUGUGCCCGGGCGGCGCGCGCGCCGUGCAGCUGUUCAGCGGCGAGUGGUGGGGGCGCGGCGCGCGGCCCGGCGCCGGCGCGCUGCUGCUCGUGUGGGCCGCGCGCGAGCCCGGCACCGCGCAGUUCUCGUGGAUGGAGGUGUGGCGGGCCGGGCCGACGGUGCUGCAGCGGCUGGCGGCGGGCGACGCGUGGCCCAACGCGUCGGCGUCGUGCGCGCACGCGUGCGCCGCGCUGGGCGCGUGCAUGGCGGGCGCGCUGUGGUGCGACGGCGAGCCCGACUGCCCGGGCGGCGGCGACGAGGCGCGCGGCUGCGGCGCCGGCGCCCGCCUGCUGGCCGCGCUGGCGGCGCCGGCUGCGGCGGGAGCGGCGGCGGCGGCUGCAGGCGGCGCGGCGCUGCUGGCGCUGGUGUGCGCGGCGGCGCUGCGGCGGCGGCGGGCGCGGCGCGCGGACAAGCAGCUGCUGGGCGCGCUGGCGGCGGGCCGGCGCCUGACGGAGGAGCUGCUGUACGACGCGUCGCGCGCCUCCUCCGCGGCCUCCUCCUGACGGCGCGAGCGCUCCGUCGAGUACAUCCACGUGGACCGCGAGACCACGGUGUGACGGAGCGCGCCGCCCUGUACAUAGUGACGUGACGUUUGUCUCGUUCUCGUUUCGGUUGUCGCGCUCGCGCCGCGGGCUCUGCGAGUCGGCGGCGCGUGCGCAUCGCACAAUUGUAUUACUGAUUCUGUUGGGCUCUGAUGUGAUUCUAUUUCGUUAGAUAUUUUGUGACGGGUCGGGCGAGCGUUCGGUGCGGCCGAUUAAGUCCGACGUGGUCGGGAUAUGAGUAGUGUAAUUAAUUAAUUUAAGUGCCGGCCGGGCCAACGCGACGCGUCGACUUCGGCUCGUGGACUAUUGUUUUAUAUGUUAUUGUUGAUGAACUGUCCCGUCCCUCGUUUCCACUUGAGUUAUGGAACGCUAAUAUAAAUAUAAAUUAAAUUACGA